AUGGCCCGCGAGACCUUCUACGCGCUGGUGUCGCCCUAUACUUUUGGCACGCAACACCGCGUCUACGUCAAGCUCAAGACCACACGCAAUGGAGAACAGUGGACGAUGGAGCCACUGCGGACAGGCCGCACCAUCGAGUCGGCGCGCUGCUGGCCCAACGACCUCACCACGAUACGGCUAACGCAUCUCCGGGCAAUGACGUACCGACAGAGUUGCGUCGACAAGGGCGAGGCCGAGUCGGGCGUAGGGACAUACUUCCACGCGUACGUCUGCGUGGCUCCUGCGCCGCGCCACACGUGGCGCUACGGGAUCGUUGUCGAGUGCAACUGGUCGGAAACGCUGGGCGGUCGACUCAUCGUGGUAACGGACCUCAAACAACUUCGCGUGUCCGUCUCGGACGAGAGCUUGCACGCAGUGACGCUGGCCGCAUAUGCGCUACGUCCGUUCAAUGGCCUCCCGAUGGCGCCCGAUCUCGAUGCAUUCAAGGCCACCUUGAAGGAGCUCGUGGCCCGCUUUCUCAACAACGACCGCCACGCAAACCUCGACGUCUCGGAGCUGCCGCUCGACUGCUCGUCGUGGACGCAGCCACCGGACGCGACUUGCCGUUUGUGCUUCUUUGCCAACGAGACCGUGGGCGAAAUUGCGUUUGAGCUCACGAAGCGCAAUGAAGCACAGGAGCCGCCGACCAAGAGAUCCAAAUCUCAGAAAAGCCAUGUCAUCACGACUGGCGACGUGCCGGACCUCAAGUUCAUCAAAGUCGGCAAGAAGCUAGAUUUACCCGAGCUCCACGACCUCUACAAAGACUACGGAGGCUGCCCGAGAACGGUCUACCUUCGCAAGGAGAUGAAGAUGAUCUUCGACCUCAUGCGCAUCAAUCACACGGCUGCCAAGGACAUCGGUAAUGACGGCCGACCGGCCCUCGAUGCGUUGUGCCGCGCGGCGAACAAGUUCGAUCUUUGCGUGGAAAGCACGUCGUCUGCCACGUCGGGGUCAUUGCUCGUCGAUGAAGAGGAUGAAGCGACGCCUCCACUUGCGGUGCCCACCGUGCUCAUGGGGUCUCCCGGCGUCGGGAAAUCGGUGAUACUCGCUCUUUUUUGCCCUUACCUCGCGCUGUACCUUGAGCGUGACGUUCUCUUCUCGCGCUCGCUCGUGGAGCAGGGCAAGCAGGGUGUCGUGCUCUGGUUUCGCGGCGGCCAAGUGACGACGUACCCUUCCGUGUCGCGCCACGAGCUCGACGAACUCAUCAGCAAAUUCAAGACCGAGAACAAAAACAUGGGUCGCAAGGGCUUGGUCGUUGGUGACGGCUACCACCAAGCGGACGCCGACAACCCGAUGGCUAUGUUUGACCUCGUGUCAACCUCGGGGCAAUUCUUCUUGAAGUCUGCAGACGCUCGCGUGGCACUCGUUGCUCCCGCGUGGUCGGAAGCCUCUCUCCGGGCCGCGCUCGGGUCGCACGCGGGCAUCCAAAAUACAUUUGAGAAGCGCUACUCCGUUUCCGGCGGCAGCAUUCGCGAGUUUACCCGGGCGAGCAACCUUUCUACGCAACCUGCCACGUGGCGACUCACAGAGCAGACACUGAGCGCGCUCAAGAGCGAUUCCGAAGGCAACACGAACAGCCGCGUCGACUCGAUUCGGCGUACGUACAUUGCGGACGUUGACAACUACGCACACUACGUGGGCACGGACCACUGCAAGUACAAGAUCGACGCGAGUGCGUUCCAGCGGCAUUUGCACUACAACAACGGGGCUCUCUACGGGUGGUUUUUCGAGGCGCUUAUCCACAAGCUAGCGACCAAACAUGUGCUGCAGCUCGAACUCGAAUGCUACGGCGUCCCGAAUGCUUCCAAGCCGCCCUCGCCGCGGGAGGUUGGUGAGCUCUUGACCGUGCAAGUGACCCCGGCAUGGAAGGUCGUGACGCGCGGCGCAUCCGAGAAGGACUGCCUCAAGUACCUCGAGGAGAAGCUGGCUGAUUCCACGUACUGGCUUCCCGAAUUCGCCCAGUUCCCGGGCAUUGACGCGAUCGCUGUUCACGAGAAGCGUAUCUUCUACCUUCAGAUUACCGUCGCGUCCGAUCAUCCCGCCGCGUCCAUGCACAAGAUCUACAAGGCCAUCAAGGAGAACAAGGCGCUCGCCAAUCAUGAGCACAUCUACGCCUACGUGACGCCGCCGACGGUCCAGUGGACUGGACGCAAAGCCAUCACGGGGCUCCGAGGGCUCACCCAGUGGCACGGUUGGGCCCUCAAGCCGGACGGUGUGACGAGUAUCUCGUCGUUGAAAUGA